AAAUUAAGAAUUUUUUCGAAACUUUUGGAGAAAACUGUUUGCCUGAUUACCACAAAAGGAACUCAAGCAGAGGCACCUACCCUCGAGGGGCUGCAGAAUCAGCUGACCCUCCUACCAUCUUCCAAGAGGGGCAGAGGGGGCAAGAAGUGCCUUAAAAUAUAAACUCCUAAGAAAACAUUAUAGAAUCUCAUUUGAUGGCUAGUUUAGCAACUCUCAUUACGUUAAUUUAAAUUAGAAAUUUUUCGUCAGAAGACGAUAAAAUUCUUCAAAAACCAACGGCGUCUUAUAAGAUAUUGGUGCUGACAAUUUUGCCCAUCGUCAGAAUGAGGGUGUUUUGCUUAAUGCCUUAAUACAAAAACACGCUACAUGAAAACAAUUACUUGAUGUAAACUUUAUUCUUGUGAUUAUUAUUUUCUUUUUUACACUCAAAGCAGACAAUCAACGCCAGCCAAUUUAUAAUUGCCAUGAUUUCGUACUUGAAUGGAAAAAAAUUUGUCAACACUUUGCCUGGGUUUAGAGCCUUUCAUUGCAAAAAUUCCAGCUUUUUAGUUGGAACAGACCCAUGCAAAUAUUCUAUUUUGCAUCCUAACAAAUAAUCGAUUAUAAUAGUGGAAAAAAUCUACUAUUUACCCUCAGUACCAGCACUGCUCCUGCUGCCUUAAUCGUGUGCAGGCACCCUUGGACAAAGGAUAAGAAAAUUGCACCUCCAAGACGCAACUACAUAUUUUGAAGAAUUAAUAAGCAACGAUUUAUUUUGCCGAAUGAAAUUUGGCAAAAAACCAAAAGCCAUACACAAGAAUCUUUCAGCCUGACUUUAUUGAUCUCUCUUCAUGUAGGAACCAAAACAGGCAGGUUUCAAAAAGGAAGGUUUUUGUAACAUGUUGGUUUUUACUAUACCAAACAAACAUGGUAAUACACGAUAGUAGGGUACAGUAAUAGUGGUCGGAUGUGGUUGAACCGAGUGUGAUAAUACCAUUGCAUUCACAACGGGUCAAUACCUAGUUGCAAAUUGCAAAUCGCUACAUUUCUUGGACUUCCAAUAAACCAUGUCGUAUCGUUGGUAGCAAUUGCAUGUUUACAUUGCCAUCGACAUGCUAGUCCUCGAAGUUUCAGAAACUAUUGUUCGACUGUAUGCAAAUAACCUGCUCAUGUAAAGACAGCUGGAAUAAUGGUGUUGGCCACCAUACUAAAAAGAAUUACUCAUUGGUCAAUAACUGGUUAGGCAGAUUACACUCUGACCAAAGUCGCUUCUAGAACGGCAUCAUCGGCACAUUUUUGCAUCAUUAGAAUACGUAGACAAAAUCGUAAAGUCUCGCUGUAAACCAGGUAGAGGUGCAUUCUCCUUUACACAUUUGUAGCCAGAAACAGCAGGUUUAACUCAAUUGAAGUGCAUGAAAAAAUAUUUGUAUCGUACUGAACUGUGACCAAAGGGUGAGGAGAAACAACAAUGGUAUAGGCUUGCAAUCACGUCAAGAUGCUCAGCAGCAACAGUUCACGAUCAGAUCUGCAAUAUUUCCAUACAGAUGACCCAGGCCACCGAAUAGCCGAAACUAUUGUUAUGGCCAUCAUAUUCAUUAUUGGGGCGGUAGGUAACCCGGUCACUGCAUACACUGUUGUAAAAAAUAAAAAGUUACAUAACCUACAUAAUUCGCUGACGAUGAACAUCAUAAUCGUUGAUUCAUUGGCAACUUUCACGAUUGUACCAACUCAGAUUGCGACUCUUGCAUACGGCAGAUGGCCUCUUAACAACGUUGCAUGCCAGGUAAAUGCAUUUUGCAUCAUUGUGCUUUCCACUUGUGCCUUGUGGACCAUUCUGUGGCUUAGCAUCCUUCGCAUUCUCUUAAUUUCAAAGCCUACAAAAUACGCCAUACUGGUUUUGCCAAAGUACAUGGUACCAAUUGUGGCAUCAACAUGGAUCGUUGCACUUGGCCUUGGCUGCAUGCUCUUUGCGACAGACAAGCUAGCAUUCAAACCCAAGUUCGCUGCGUGCUUCUUUUUCUUUACGUCAGUUGGCGAAAUGUCUGCCUUUAUGAUACCGUUCAUAAUUGUUCCUACUGUCAUUUUGUCUUCGCUGAGCAUCGCAAUAUUUAGAAAAUUAAAAAAGAACGGUAAUUCAACCUCUGCACAACUGCAGAAACAUUCAGAAGAAAAGGAAAUUGCCAAUAACUACCUAAUGCUGGUUUUCGUUUAUGUUAUAUGUUAUUUUCCUGUAUAUAUCAUUGAAGCUGAGUCUGUGAUUCUCCAAGACGUGCCUUUGCCUCACUUUGUCUACAUGUCUGUAACAUUCCUUGGAUAUUUGCCAUUUAGUGUAAAAACUCUUGCAUAUAUGUUAACGAAGAAGGAAUCCAGAGAUAAGUUGCGAAGAUUUUUCAGGAAAACAAACAAAGUCACAUUUCACGAGGAAAACGAAAGUGGUGUGCAAAAUGAUCAGGGAUGUCCAGCAAACAAAAGAAAGAUAAUGGGUUCAAGCCAGCUAUAACGUCUUUGAACAGCAAUUUUACAAAGUUUGCUGUCCAUUGCGGACAAACAUUGUCGGAUAAAGCAAGCAUUUAACUCGAUAUCUUGCAAUGUAAAAGAAAUCGUAUCAUUAGUUUAAAAAAGCAGAAUAAAGAAAGGUGAUAAGACCUAUCCAUUGAUCUAAACAUAAAUAUAUUACAAUAGACUUUGCAGAAAUCUAUCGGUUUGCUUAAGAUCAACCAAAGCUCCGUUUUACGCCACCACCUUACCCUUCUCUUAGUAUUCAGUCUAUGUAGUACUUUCUUUGAAACCGUUCCUUCUUUAUUUGGUCUAAUGGCCCCGAGAUAGCUCUUGCUCUUCUAAAGAUUUUUCCCCAUAAGUAUUGUAGUUCGUAAUAUGUGUUCGUAGAUUUUUACUGGAUUGCAACAUAAAGAAAAAAAGAGUUUAACAUAGCAAGUACGGCCUUUUUUCUAAAAUGCAGCUCUUUUCCAUUUAGAUUAAUUCUAGAAAAUACUUAAGAUAAUUUAAAAUACGUUUAUUCUACCUUACUCAAUAAUAGCAAUAUCUUUAACGUAAUUCAGAAACAUUAACAUUUUUCGUUGGGCAAUCCGUCAUUGACGCCCU